AAGUAGAAAAAAUAGAAGACUGACAAUUUAAAAAACUGAACUGCGAGUGUUCGUUAAUUAUAGUAAACAUUUUUUUUACUGCUCAGUAAAAAUAGCUAAGAAGAAUACACGAUUUAAAAUAAUCAAAUUUUUAUGCCUUAGAAGUUCGAAACAUUGUGACGUCAUUGUCGACGCAAUUACCACUAAAAACAUAUGCCUCGAUAAACGCGUUACUAAUAAACUCGGAUUAUUUGACGCAGGAAGACGUGUUUACGCACAUUUGGGCAAGCGAAAGUGGUUUAUUCCAUUAAAAUUGACUGAGUGACACAAUCAGUAACGUUUCGGCGUUUCAUCUAGCUUCCCGCUUAGCUUAGCUUGAUAGCUGCUAACAAAGAACAGCGGAAGUUCGUGCACAAAGUGUGUUAAAAUGUGCAAAGUGGAAAUACUGAAAGCGUUGCUGAACCGGCGACUGAGUGCGGCAGUGGAAGAAAUAUUUGGACUUUUUGCCAGAACCAUAGCAGAGUACGAGGAGGAACUUUGUCGAACAAAAGGGGAGAACGAGCGACAACGUCGAUUGCUGAACGCUGUUUUAAGGCCUCGAGAUGAAUCACACACGACAGACGUGAUUGAAGAACCGCCCAACGUUAAAAAAGAAGAAGAGGAGACCAACAUUGCUGAGUUGCCAGUAACUCCUGUUUCUUUAAAAAUUGAGGAUGACCGUCACUGUCCAUUGGCGCAGACCACAUGGCCGCAGCCUCCAACCAACACCCCGACAGAAACUGAUGGAAACCAACACGCAGAACCAACAGCAGACACCUUCUCCACACUACCGCCAAAGCACGACGAUAGAACAUUGCACCCUGAAAGUGGUUUAUCGCAGCACAUCAACAGCAAACACUUCAAGUGUCCUCAAUGUGACAAAACAUUCGGCACCAAGUAUACACUGACCAGACACAUGAAAAGUCACACCGCUAGUAAAGAACAUUGGAAAUGUUCUCAGUGCGGGAGAACACUUGGCGAUAGGAGGAACCUGAGAAGACACAUGAUGGUUCACACGGGGGAGAAACCAUUUCUGUGCACAAUUUGUGGGAAAAGAUUCUCCCAGAAGACCAAUUUGAUGACGCACACAAGAACGCACACUGGCGAGAAGCCGUUUUCCUGCUCGCUCUGCGGUAAACGUUUCGGGGAUCGUUCGGCGUUGAUUCAACACAAGAAAACGCACAAUGGGAGAGGGAAUUUUGCCUACUCUGCGUACAAUCCUGGUUUUAAUAUUCGUCCAACUUUGGGCCAACACAUGAGAACGUACACUGGGCAGAAACCAUCUGUGCAUCAUGCGAACAGUCAGCAGGUCAUACCCUUGUUUAGCUUAAUAUCGGCUAUCAAAUGUGCAUAUUUCUUAUCACCGUGUUUACCUUCUCAUGAUUACGUGGGGAAAAUGUGUAAAGUGGAAAUGCUGAAAGCGUUGCUUAACGCGCGAUUAAAUACGGCCGUUGAAGAAGUUUUUGUAGUGUUUGCCAGAACCAUAGCAGAUUACGAGGAGGAACUAUCUCGUUCAAAACAGGAGAACGAGCGACAACGUCAACUGCUGCACACUGUUUUUAGGCCUCGAUAUGAAGCACACUCUGCAGAGGUCAGUGGAGAAGUCAUUCCACCUGAGCAGCUGGAGUGGAAGUCAAUGGUGGAACAGCAAGACCCCGAACCCCUCCAUUAUCUAGAAGAAGAGGUUGCAGAUACCUACCAAGUUAAAAAAGAAGAGGAUGGAGAGCGUCUUCCAUCUCCGAAGAUGCAAUUUCCUUAUGUCGUGGUGAAGAGUGAAUACAAUGAAGACAAUAAUGGUAGCACCUCGAGUCAACGCAUGACGAUAGAAGGUGAUGGAAGCCACUGUGGAGCAUCACGAGCAGACAACUGUUUCGCUUCUCUAUCUGCUGGUGCUGAUGAACACUCAAAAUGUGAUAACCCACCAUGGAAAUGUUCUCAAUGUGACAAAACAUUUGGUACUAAGUAUACUUUGAGAGUGCACGUAAAGCUUCACUCUGGAGUUAAACCAUUCAUGUGCUCCGUCUGUGGUAAAAGAUUUUCCCAGAAGGCCCAUUUAACCACACACACCAGAAUACACACCGGAGACAAGCCCUUCUCUUGUGCGGUAUGCACCAAAAGCUUCAUUGAUAACUCCGCAAUGAUUAAACACACGAGGAUUCACACCGGCGAGAAACCUUUUGCGUGUUUGGUCUGCAGUUUAACUUUCAGCGAUCGCUCCAAUUUAGGGAAACACAUGAGAAGGCACACGGGAGAAAAACCUUUCGCCUGCUCGCUUUGUGGGAAAAGAUUCUCGAUAAGGGGGCGCCUGAUAACGCACAACAGAACGCACACCGGGGAGAAACCUUUCACCUGUAACUUGUGCGGUCUAAGUUUCAGCGAUCGCUCGGGAUUGGCACACCACACGAGGACACACAUGGGGCAGAAACGCUUUUCCUGCUCUGUUUGUGGGAAACAAUUCAGUCAAAGAGGCGCUUUCACAAAACACAUGCUUGUUCAUGCUGGUGAGGAGAAUGAUGAUUCUUUAAAUAAGCACUGCAAAAACAAUUAGGACUCUUGUGUAAGGGUAAAAGAGUGUACAUUUAAUGAAUAAAAAGUUUUUAUUCCGUGGUAGUUAUGGGCUGAUAUUUGUGCCAUUAGAGACAAUCUGAAAAUUCUAAACUGAAUCUGAAUGACUUAAUUUGAAUCUUAAUUACUUAAAAUACGUAGUUUGAAAUUGUAUUUUUUUUAUCUGAAUCCUUGCAUUAAAAACUGAGAAUUUUAAUUUGAAAUUGGAUAUUCAAUGUUAUUUUUUUCACAGUCAGCUUGCAAAACUAACAUUCAAAUUGUAAAGUCAAAAUUCAAGUUGGAAAAUUCAAAUUCAGAUCGUAAAAUUCAUAUUCAGAUUUUUGUGACUCUAAUCCAGGCAUUUCGACAAAAGCAAUCGAUCGCGAGACAAUGAUUAUUUCCUCGACCAAUCAGUACCUUUACUAGGAGUGGGAACCUCUUGGUACCUCACGAUACGAUACGAUUUGCGAUAUUAAGCUCACGAUAACGAUGAUCUGACGAUAUGGCGAUACUACGAUUAUCAAUACUUUGGUCAGGAAAUCAUUCUACAAACAAUUAAUAAACAGAUAAAUAAACAAGUUUCUGCUGUGAAUUGGAAUGAGUUUAUCACUAGGAGACGUCCAAUCCAUUUGUACUGGGAGGGUGGCAGCGAAUGAACGAUUUGCUGCCAUCCCUCCCACUUCAAACGGAUUGAACGUCUAUGGCCGUCAUUGGCAGUCAAUGCCAGGCAAUGCCAGGCAAUGAGGUAAUUUUGGGCCAUUUCAGG